AUGGCGGAAGACGAAGCUAGACCUGUUGAUGGUGUUGAGAGCACUACGGACGACUCAUCAUCUGAGGUCAUCCUCACUCCAUCGGAGAUGUCAGACAACGAGCUCGAGCCUGUUGACGAUGUCGAUAGCGCCAUGGCCGUAGCACUAUCUGAGCUUGUUAUCACCCCAUCGAAGAAGUCACAGGAUGAACUCGAGCCUGUUGAUGUUGUCGACAGUGCCACGGCCGUAGCACCAUCUGAAGUCGUCGAUGCAGCUCAUGAUAGCAAAUCAACUGCUGCCGCUCCAGUUAAGAAGACUCAGCGCAAGUCCAAGAAGAAGAGAAAGCGAGGAAAGAAGACUCGAAAGGCGAAGGGUGAGCCUAAGGAUGUUGAAGCUGCUGAAGAAGAGGAUGGCGAUAAUGGCGAUGAGCUGAGAGAUGAUAACCACCAACCUGAUGCUUCCGAGACCCCGAUCAAGGACAAUAACGACACCCUGUCUGUCGCCGACUCCGAAGCGACCGUCGGAGGAUCAGAGGUUGUCGUCAACGAGACCAAUGACCAGAGCGAAGCCGAUGCCAAGAAGUCCGAUCGAUCAGACAAGAGAAAGAACCGCAAGAAGAAGAACAAGAAGAAGUCAGCGAAGGAGGCCGACAAGGACGACAAGAACAACUCUCAGGCUCCUGACAUGUCAGACCUCAGCAUCGCCGACCAGAUCAAAGCGAAGCUGAACACUCCUGAGCAUGCUCUCCUUACUGCCUUCCAAUCUUCAACCAAGAACCUCACCGACCUCCCCAAGGUGAUCCUGCAGCGCAUUGUUGCCCACGCCCUCCCAGACGCCUUCAACGUCAACGCCGAAGGCCGAAAAGGUGGAUGGCGACUCCACUGGCCAGGCGAGGCCCGCUGGGUCAAGGACCUCCUCAACCUCAACCAGGCAAUCCACCAAGCCGCCUUGCGCCCCAUCGGCGACCGCAGCAUUCUGACCAUCUUCCACAUGUGCCCCCUCGCCAAAGCCAUCUGCAUCGAAUUCGACGACGACCCCAGUUUCGAAACGCCCUGCAUCCACGGCGGCGCCAUCUUCCCCCGCUACCUCCGCGAGCGCGCCAAAACCCUCAAGAUCUUCCAAGCGCAGUUCGGCUGGAUGCUCAAGACCCACGACAUCAGCGUCGCGGCUUUCCCCAAGCUCAAGACCCUGCAGCUCGUCGCCGGCGAUCUCGGCGCGUCGACGAAACGCCUCACACGCCUGCUCAAUGACGAUGGAUGCACGCACGUCGAGAUGGGCGGCUACGACGCCACGGACAAGCUGGCUGCGAUCGAGAAGGUGCUUGUCGAUGAUGGCCGCGACUUUGCGAGGGAGGCGCGCUUCUGGGCGAACCUGAGAGGUCGUGGCCAGCUGGUUCCCCACGAUCCCGUCGCGUAUCGGGCCGAGUUUGGCAUUAUCGUCCAGAGCACCUUCCGCCUGAUCGGCGAACGCUCUAACGCCAUCACCAAGCUGAGUCGGGACGUGCUGGGCAUCAAGCGCGAGGAGAUUCGGGGCUUGCGCGCUAGUACGAGGCUGGAUGUGAUCUUCCAGGACGAGAAGGAUGAUGAUGCUGAAGUGAGUAGCAUUUUUGCUCUUGUAUGGACUGUGAAUACCGAUGACUGA